AUGUGGGAAGGAGAAGGAGACGCCCCAGCAGGUCUUCAAGAGGAAGAAGGCUCCGCAUCCGGAGAAGACGAAGUAGGAAGCACAGGAUCCAGUGCACCCUCCCCACCACCACUAGAACCAGCAGCUCUGUCAAUCAGAGAAGGACUGAGCCCAGGUCAGGAAUCACGAGGUUCCUCUGUAGCGCGAUCCCCAUCCAGAGACAGUGUCUGCAGCGAGCGAGCUAUGCCAGCCGCCAGCCCCCUCUUGCCUGCUUUCCCGCAGCCCAUCCACAGGAUAAUGGCGUCGCCUCAUGGGUCCGUAUCGCCUCUAGUAUCUUCAUCGUCCCCGCCAGUCCUCAUGCCAGCCGUAUCCCCAGCAGAGUCCCCAGAGACCGUCCUCGACUUUUCGACCAAGCGGUCCACAUGCGAGUCACCUGUCCUUAACCUCAGCAAGUCCGUCUCGCCAAGUCCAGAGGUUCCACUCAACAGCCCCCUUGAUCUCUCUGUCACCAGCAGAAAACGGAGUAUGGACGACUCCUCUCAAGCAUCCCUUUCGCCAACUCCACAGGUAAAGAAACCCUCUAGGCCGUCAGAUUACAAACCAGUGGUCUCGCCUUGGACUUCUCCUGUAGUCUCACAUUUCCCUUACUUCGCUGCAGCCGUCGCAGCCGCUAACAGUCUCUCGCCAAAAGGAAAUACUCAGCCUGAGAUCUGGAACGGCAAACUUAAAUUGCCUGAAAAAGGGUUUCCCACUCCCACCCCAAGCGAUGCUACCAAAGCUCUUGAAAAGAUGAGUGAGUUAAGCAAACUUGGAGGCGACGAAUUCAGAGCUGGAGGAGCAAACAGGCAUAGUGCUUGGCAGUCACACUGGCUCAACAAAGGAGCAGAUCAGGCAAAAGAUGUACUCAAGUGUGUCUGGUGCAAACAAAGCUUUCCAAGUCUUGCAGCUAUGACGACUCACAUGAAGGAGGCUAAACAUUGCGGAGUAAACAUCCCAUCUCCAAUUAUUCCACCACCACCACCUCCGGUACCUCAACAUACCCCAGUUUCAUCUCCAUCCAGUGUUUCUUCAGGGAAUGGAAAGUCCGGUCAAAACCAGGAUCUUAAUCUACUUAUCAAAGAAACUAUGCCAUUGCCACGAAAGCUGGUCAGAGGACAAGACGUAUGGCUUGGAAAGGGUGCCGAACAAACUAGGCAAAUUUUGAAAUGUAUGUGGUGCGGCCAGAGUUUCCGAUCCCUUGCUGAAAUGACCAGUCAUAUGCAACAGACCCAACAUUAUACGAAUAUCAUUUCACAAGAACAAAUAAUUUCAUGGAAGUCAGCUGACGAAUCCAAAUCUUCAGGUGGUAGCGGAAACAUGUCGUCACCAACGGUGGGUGGAGGAAUCGCAGGUGCUCCAGGUAGUGGAGGCAGCACAGCUAGCAGCCAUGUGAGUGCUGUUCUCACUUGUAAGGUUUGCGAUCAAGCCUUCAGUUCACUGAAAGAGCUCAGUAAUCACAUGGUAAAAAACUCUCACUAUAAGGAGCACAUCAUGAGAUCAAUAACAGAAACUGGGGGGCGUCGGCGUCAAACGAGGGAAAAAAGAAAGAAGUCUUUGCCGGUGAGAAAGUUGCUAGAACUUGAACGAGCACAAAACGAAUUGAAGAAUGGUGAAGGCAUAAUGCUCAUGGGAAAACACGGCAGGGAACUUCAUUCAGCUGGACGUAUAACUUGCGAAAAAUGCAAAGAAAAAAUCGACAUGGCUGUGUUUGUUGAUCACAUAAGACUCUGCGUAGGAGGAGAUCACAAAAAUCUUCUGAAGAACGCCCUUUUGUCCUCAAAUGUGAUACCAGAUCCUCAUUCAGUUCACGUUGCCCAAGCUCUCCGUGAGAGUAGCAAAAUGAAAUCUGAAGAAAAAAGGCGACAUCGAUCCCCGAUUCCUACAGAUCUUUCGAUAAACCCUGGGAGUCCGAAGGAGGGAAAGCAAGAAGGAAAAGGAUCAUCUCCAUCAGUUCUGAAUGCAAUCGAAAAACUCAUUGAGAAAAGUUUCGAUUCCAGAGCAAGACACGGUGGAGCUGGAUUCGUUGGUCCCGGUGUGCCAGGGCAAGCUCCAAUGGGGUCUAGUAUUCUCAAAAGACUUGGGAUAGACGAAAGUGUGGAUUACACGAAACCUUUAGUUGAUCCUCAGACGAUGAAUCUCUUACGCAAUUAUCACCAUCAGCAGCAUGCAUAUAGGCGGGAAAGGAGUGGAAGUGAAUCCAGUUCGAUCUCGGAACGAGGGAGAUCAGAUGUUGUCACUCCAGAUAGAAAUUAUGAGAAGGACAGGUACACUCCUAGAACAACUCCUGAAAAAAGGAUACAAACUCCUCCGUCAACUAAAACAUCACACGAAGAUUCGACUGAUGGAGAGGUAAGAGUGAAAAGAGAGACUCCAGAUGAAGAAGUUCGUGUAAAAAGAGAGCCUGAAGAAGUUCGUGUAAAGAGAGAAAUCGAAGAUUAUCCCAUGGAUACGGCAUCUAGAGAAAUAGCUAUAAAGCAAGAGAUGGAAAAUGGCAACGAAGAUGAUGAGGAUAGGCGGAGCUAUCAGAGUGACGAACCCUUAGCGAAAAGGAUUUGUCAGGACGAUGAUAGAGCGGCAACGGAAGACGACGAUCAAAGAAGUCAUAGAACAAGUGCAAGUCCAGCAGGGAGUCCGAACCGAGGCGAGCACCCCAGCCCUGGCCGAGCCAGCAGCAGCCCGGCGAGUAGUGACCGUUCUGGUACCCCGAGGAGCACUGGAGAGAAGAAGGGAUCCGGGAGCCUCGGGGCCUUAUCUUCGAUGUUCGACAGCCUGUCCGGGGGCGGUGGUGGGGAAGGUGGCAGUUCUGGGGGCAAGGGAGCCAGCCAUCCCCUGGCCGCGCUACAGAAGCUCUGUGACAAGACUGAAACCCACACUCCAAGGACAUCAGCUUCAACGCUUCCGGCCCCAGGCACUUCAGCGGCUCCGACUGCUCCAGGAGCCAUCCUGGCUUUCAGCUGGGCUUGUAAUGAUGCCGUCGUCACAGCUGACUCCAUCAUGAAGUGCGCUUUCUGCGACACACCGUUCAUUUCGAAGGGCGCUUACCGACACCACCUCAGCAAGAUGCACUUCGUGAAGGACGGCGUGAUACCGGACCCGGUGAAAUCGCCGAGCCCAGCUCCCAAACCGGCCAAUAACAACGGGCCUUCCACGUCCGCCGCCGUCCCGCCGGCCAAGAGCCCCCAGCAGAGCUUCGAGGAAAGCCCACACUCCAAGUUCCUCAAGUAUACAGAACUGGCCAAACAGCUCUCAAGUAAAUAUGUAUAGUCCGUAAGGCUGUUGUAAUAUAUCUCCUGUGUACAUUACCCUUCAGUUGCCAUUCCUGUAUAAAGUGAAGUUUGCUGCAUAUCUAUUUGAGCGUGAUAGUAAAUAGUUGUAGUGUAAAAGUAUAGCGAUCUCUAACUUCAUGUAUACCUUUACCAGUACGCCUUAAAGUGAUGAGGACAUUUACUGGCGUCCUUUGUAAAACACAUAUGUAUACUCAAUGACACGUGAUAUAUUCAGAUUAUAAUAGAUUCGUUUUAUUAUAUUUAUUUUAUGUUAGUUUGUAAUUUUUUUAGGCGGUUCAAAAGGAAAUCGUUGAAUUCAUUUAGUGUUGCAAUUGUUGUUCAUAAUGUAUAGUUAACUGAGAGCCUCAACACGGACCUAUGGAUUGAUGAGUCGUGUUUGUAUAUUGUAUAAAUAUUGUAGAAUAUUCUAAUGAACCUUGUUUGUAUAAUUAUUUCCUUUUGUAAUGGUUGGAAUGAAUUCUUCGAUUUCAUAUUGCCCGUUAUGGGUCUGUGGCCUAUUAAUGACUACUGUCUUUAAGGUAUACGUUCUCACCUUUUUAAUAGCUAUGUAGGCAUUGUCUGUUUGGUAUUAUUCCACGUGAUAUGAUAAAUAUAUAUAAUUAUUCUUUUUAUUAAUGGUAAUUAAAAAUCCCAGUAUAGUUGAUAUAUUGUAAAUUAAAUUAUAUAAGUCAUUCUGAAUUUCUUCUAAUUAUAUAAAUAAAAAUAUAUAUUGUAUGUAUUUACCUUAAUAAUAUCUUUAUCUUCUGAGACGAUUAUGAAUAUCCAAAAUUAAAUUUAAAAAAUGGAAAAAAAAGAAGAAAAAAAAAACACUAUGAAUGUUUGUAAAUUGCAUUGAUAGUCAUUAUUUUUAAAUAAAAGGUAAAAUCAUGUUAACUAUUGUACAAUACGUAUACGUCAGAUUUAAUCAAGUCAUAUUUUGCAAACAAGCUCAUUCAUGGUUAGAGAAUAAGAAUUUAAAUAUAAUUUAGUUUAUUAAUGCGGGGCGUGCGCCGCUCCUGAGCGAGGCGUUCGUAAUUGCAAUAAUAUAUAUAUAUAUAUGUGUUCACAGUUAGCAUUCUUACCUCAUUGCCUGCCAGUGAUACGCAGGAAUAGAAGCUCUACCCCGUUUUUUGUACUAAUUUUAUUUGAAUUUUUAUUUUGUUAUUAAGCUUGAAAAUUUUCAAAAAGAUUUAUAGGACUUGUCUCGAACUAAUUUUUUUUUUAUUAUUAUUUGUUAAUGAUAAAUUCACGUUAAAAAUAUUUGUCAUUUUUUAACAGUUAUAUUGUUCAUCUUUAAUAUAUUUUUAUUUAAUUUAAUUUAUUAUGAAGUAUGUUCAUAUCCAAAAUAAUCUGUAAUGUUUCAUCCGCAACGUAUUUUAAUUAGUGCCGCGUUUCAUAAAUCACAUGAUAAAUUAUUUUAUAACAAUAUAUUUUUAAAAUAUAGGCUACCUUUUUAAUUAAAAGGUAUAUAAGGAACCGGUCAUCUGUCAGAGUUCUCGUUGGCACGGUGGACAAUAGACGAACUCCUGGCAACACUGUUAGGGCUGUUUGGAAUUAAUUGCGGGAGAUUCUUUGAUGUAUAAAUACUUCUAAAUGUGGCGGAGUGGUCAUUACUAAGCUCGCUACAUAAAUCUGCUCAAGCUUCUAUUCCCGUCUGGCAUCACUCAAGGCAGACAGCACGCCCUUCUAAUAGCACUAGAGGAAACCGAAAUCUUCCCAAUAUAUAUAUAUAUAUAUAUAUAUAUAUAUAUAUAUAUAUAUAUAUAUAUAUAUAUAUAUAUAUAUAUAUAUAUAUAUAUAUUUGUAAUGUGCCAGGCCUCUCUCCCCUCCUCUCUCUCUUUUUACGAUUCUCUCUUUUUAUUAAUUAUAUUUCUAUUAAGCAAAAUACGAUUAAGAAAAAAAAAUUAUGAUAAAAAAAACAAUUUGUUCAAAUGUAUACCGAAAAAAUUUGAUUAUAUAAAAUAUUAUUUAUUUUGUAAAUUAUAUAGAUGUAAAAUAAUUGAAUAAUAAUUAAAAAAAAAAAUGAAUGACGAAACGGUUAUCUAGUGGUAUUAGAAAUUAAGGAUGUUAGAUAUGUUUAUACACUGUCCCAUAAAGUUGUAUUUAUAAGACUUAAUGAUUCUAUGUGACCAAAUGAAAAGUAUACGAUUUUUUGAAUUUACAAAAAUAAAAAAUAUUAAAAUAAAAAACUUUUGCAAUCUCAAUGAUACAUAUUUGAUAUGUUUCAGUUGUAAUAUUAUGAUUUUAUUAUUAUUAUUUUCUUUUUCAUUCUCUCUGAGAAACCUCCAAUUGUCUUUGUAUGUAAAUUUAAUGUACGCAUGCCUCUAACCUAGGCCAACAUAAAAUAAAAUUCAACUAAAUCUGCUGAUAAGGUUUUCGAUUUUAUUAAAAUUUCAUUGUCUGUUUAUAAACGAGGCAGUAUUUAAAUUUAUAUUAUUAAAGUAAUAUGGAAAGAUGUUUGUAAUAUAAGAUGAUGCCAAGAGGUGAUUAAAUGUAUAACUUUGUUAUCUGUACAAAAUAAAAAUAUUGACAUUUUGACUUUUUUUUUUUAAAAAAAAGGGAUGUGUCUAGUACAGUCAUAAGGCUGCAAAAUGCUGUUGUUGUUUCUUUUAUUCUAAUGAUAUUAUUGAUAGAGUAUUAUUGAUUUCAAUAAAACCCAGUCUUACCGCUAUUAA